GGGCUGGGGGGCCCGUCGCCCGGCGAGCUGACGGCCAUCCAGUGCAAGAACGUCCCCGAUUACCUCAACGACAGGACGGUGCUGGAGAAGCACUUUGGCCAGUUUGUGAAAGUCCGAAGGAUCAUGACCAGACGCAAUAAAAAAAUGGCUGUUCUCCACUUUUUUGAUCAUGCCUCUGCAGCUCUUGCCAGAAAACAGGCGAAAGAGUUGCACAAAGACAUAGUAACGUUUUGGCAAAAGAAGAAAACAAGUCCAGCAAAAAGAGGAUUUUCAUCCAAGGAGAAGAAAGGUGAAGAUGAAGGAAGGCAAAGCAGUGAAGAGCAAAACUAUCAGCAUUCCCCUCUUCGAAAACCUUUAAUAAGAUCCUCUGCCAGCAGUGUCAUGCCUGGUAAAAGUUCUCCGGCAAAGAAGCCUGGUCUUCGAAAAGCGCUGCAGUUUGAAGUAGAUCUGUUUGAUUCUAGUUCUGAAGGGCAGAGCUCAGAGGCCUUGGGAGCUUCGUUGUCAUCUCUUGGUAACCUGGUAGGAUUAGUGGCUGAGACAUCUGAAGAAAGAUACCGCCUUUUGGACCAAAGGGACAAAAUCAUGCGACAAGCUCGAAUAAAAAGGACUGAUCUUGGCAAAGCAAAAACUGUUGUUGGCACUUGCCCUGACAUGUGUCCUGAAAAGGAGCGCUACAUGAGGGAGACAAGAAAUCAGCUCAGUGUCUUUGAAUUGCUUCUAGGAACUGACAAGGUAGAUCAUGCGGCAGCAAUCAAGGAAUAUAGCAGGUCUUCAGCAGAUCAGGAGGAACCUUUGCCCCAUGAAUUGAGACCCUCUGAGGUGUUGAGCAUGACCAUGGACUAUUUAGUGACAAACAUUAUGGAUCAAGGAGAAGGAAACUACCGAGAAUGGUAUGACUUUGUCUGGAACAGGACUCGUGGAAUAAGAAAGGAUAUAACCCAGCAACAUCUUUGCAACCCGCUGAUGGUGUCUCUGAUUGAGAAAUGCACUCGCUUUCACAUCCAUUGUGCUCACCACUUGUGUGAAGAGCCCAUGUCCUCCUUUGAUGCCAAAAUCAACAAUGAGAACAUGACUAAAUGCCUGCAGAGCUUGAAGGAGAUGUAUCAGGACCUGGCUAACAAGGGGAUUUACUGCAAGAGUGAAGCGGAGUUCAGAGGUUAUAAUGUCUUGCUGAACCUCAACAAAGGUGAUAUUCUCAGAGAAGUACAGCAGUUUCAUCCAGAGGUUAGAAACUCUCCUGAAGUUAGAUUUGCAGUUCAAGCUUUUGCUGCGUUAAACAGCAACAACUUUGUGAGGUUUUUCAAGUUAGUGCAGGCAGCUUCCUAUCUAAAUGCCUGUCUCUUACAUUGUUAUUUCAACCAGAUUCGUAAAGAUGCUCUCAAAUCUCUCAAUAUUGCCUACACUGUGAGCACCCAAAGAUGUACAGUGUUUCCCUUGGAUCACCUGGUCCGCAUGCUACUGUUCAAAGAUUGUGAGGAAGCAACUGAUUUUAUAAGUUAUUAUGGCCUGAGUGUAUCUGAUGGGAUGUACUCCUGUUCUUUUAUCUUUCCCCAGUGCUUACGUUUUUCUUUCUUGGAGCCGGAUGGAUUACCCAAACCACAUAAAUCAAUGUUUGUCAGCCAGAAGCUAACUGUCUCGGUUGGGGAAGUUGUAAAUGGUGGGCCAUUGCCGUCGGUGCCUCACCACAUGCCUGUGUCCAGCUUCAACGGGCAGAACAAAUAUACUGGUGGAAGCACCUCUGUGGAUCAAGCUAGUAGUAGCCAGAAAUCAACAGCGGAAGCAACAGAAGGAAGAGUGGAAAGCAAAGGUGUGGAUUUAGAUACCACAGCAGUAAGAGUCCAGCCCGCAGCUCAUCUUCUGCCCUCCCUGAUACCUCGUCAGCUUGUGCCAGUUCUGUCUCCUGUGCAGGCAAUCUCCCAACCUGCUGGACAACCUGAGCUUCUCUCUUCAAAACCUCAGCCUGUCUACACAGACACAGACAUCGCCGAAGUGGUGGAUGGGCUUGUGCACGACGUCCUCAAAGGAGAGUGCAGAGAAGUCAGCAGAGCGGGAGCAGCUUACGUGACUGCCGCCAUUUGCACCUCAGAGGCCGCCGUGGAGGAACUCAUGACUGAAGUGAUGGGGGAGAUCCUCAGACAAGUGGCUGGAAGCAUGCUUAGCGCGGAAAGGGAGCGUGUCAAAGAGGAAAGGCGCAGAGUGGAGGAAGAGAGGCAAAAGCAGGAAAGAGAACAGUUAAUUAAGCAGUUGAGCCAGUUGGUGGGUAUGGAGUUAAUGGAAGAAGUAAUAAAGGAGAGUAUUCAAGAAGCUUCAACCAAUGAGCUAAAAUGUGCCUUAGAAAGAGACCGGCAAGCCCGUAUUGCCCGGUGUUCAGAAGAAGUCUGUGGUCACGUCAUGGACCUCUUUCUGGAGGAUGAGAUUUUCCAGAUUGCUAAGGAAACCCUUCAGGAGCUCCAGUGUUUCUGCAAGUACUUGCAACGGUAA